AUGGUCUUCAAAGCAUCCUUCGCUGUUUUGGCUACCCUGGUCGCUCGCUCAGUCGGCGUUGCUAUCUACGGACAAUGCGGCGGUAUCGGCUUCUCUGGUUCGACAAUCUGUGAUGCGGGCACUGUUUGUACCGUGCUGAACAGCUACUACUCUCAAUGCCUACCGGGAGCAGCACCGGCUCCCUCUAGCACCGCUGUUCCCCCGGCUACAUCAGCAGCACCAACCGGAUCUGCACCUGCGUCGACCAGCACACCGGUCGUGGGCAGCUCAACAUGCUCUACCACACCACGUACCCUGCCUGGUUACAGCAACAGCAAGCUUCCCGACCCGUUCACGUUUGCGAACGGCAGCAAGGUCACCACUGCGGAUGAAUGGGCGUGCCGCCGUAACGAGAUUCUGGCGUUCAUUCAGCAAUACGAGUCCGGUUUCCUUCCUCCGAAACCACCGCAGGUGUCCGGAUCGCUCUCUGGGACCACACUCUCGGUUACAGCAGGCGGCGUCAGUGGUGGGAGCUCAAGCUCGAUCACGUGGACUUCGAGCAUCAAAUUCCCCACCGGCACUGCACCGGCCAAUGGUUGGCCCCUCCUCAUUGCUUACGAUGGUGGAAGCAUCCCUGUUCCCAGCGGAAUUGCCGUCCUAUCAUACGACUUGGAGACAAUGGCACAACAGGAUAGUACGGCUAGCCGCGGUAAAGGGCUCUUCUUCAACCUGUACGGUUCCAGCGCGAAUGCGUCUGCGAUGACCGCAUGGGCGUGGGGCGUCUCGCGCAUGAUCGACGUCCUUGAGACGAUUCCGGCAUCGACCUCGAAGCUCGACCUCUCUAAGAUUGCGGUAACCGGCUGCUCGCGCGAUGGCAAAGGCGCGCUUACCGCUGGUGCGCUCGAAGAGCGCAUUGCCCUCACAAUCGCACAAGAGUCCGGGUCUGGUGGUGCCGCAUGCUGGAGGCUCUCUCUAUACGAGCAGCAACAAGGAUCUGCUGUCCAAACGGCAACGGAGAUUGUCCAAGAAAACGUUUGGUUCGGGCCCGCCUUCAACAACUACGUCAACCAGCUGAACGUACUGCCAUUCGACCAUCACCUUCUUGCGGCCCUCAUUGCACCGCGCGCUCUCAUUGCUUUCGACAACACCGACUAUGUCUGGCUCUCGCCGGUCUCCAACUUCGGAUGCAUGUCCGCAACACGCACUGUCUUCCAAGCUCUCAACGUCGAGGAGAACUUUGGCUUCAUCCAAGCUGGUGGACAUGCUCAUUGCGCGUUCCCGACCUCACAGGUACCCCAACUCGACGCCUUCUUCUCCAAGUUCUUGCAGGGUCAAACUUCCGCCAAUACGGACGUAUUCACCACCAACAACGUUUGGAACGGCGUAACCUUCACUCCCAGCGACUGGAUCACUUGGACCACUCCCACACUUUCCUGA